AAACUGUAACCUGCACUGAAGACCAGCCAAGGUCACUUCUGUUAACCAACCUCCGUUGAAGUCCGAUCAAGCAAGGAAAUGGUUGCUGCAAUGUUGAAUGGCAAGAAGUUGUUGAAGACCCUCUCUCUCAUCCUCGUGGGUAUGUUUGUUUCUUUUUUCUUUUGGGAAAAUGACUCUGACCGGCAGUCAGUGUCUGAUCUCAGAAUACCACAGCAGUUCUCUAUUGACCUGCCAGGCUGCUCGGCUAUCAUCAACGGAGACACAGGGGGCAGGCAAAGCGAAUUAGAAGUGCUCCUGGCCUCCAGGAAAAGAAAGGAUAGUUUAUCUGAGGACUAUUACCUCAAUCAGACAAAAGACUGUCCGACUUACAUUGAAAAGAGAGGUUUCAUUACGAUGCCUCUCAGUAAAGAAGAGAAGGAUUUUCCCAUUGCCUACUCCAUGGUGAUCCAUGAGAAGAUUGAGAUGUUUGAGCGACUUCUGCGAGCUAUUUACACUCCUCAGAACAUCUACUGUGUGCAUGUGGACAAGAAAUCCUCACAAGAAUUUAAGAUGGCUGUGGAGGCAAUGGUUUCCUGCUUGCCUAACGUGUUUGUAGCCACUAGAUUAGAAAGAGUGAUAUAUGCCUCAUGGUCCCGGGUGCAGGCAGAUUUGAACUGCAUGAGAGAUCUGCUGAGCUCACAUGUCAAGUGGAGAUACAUGCUUAACACCUGCGGGACGGACUUCCCCAUCAAAACCAAUGGUGAGAUAAUUAAGGUACUGAAGGCCCUCAAUGGGAGGAAUAGCAUGGAGUCUGAGACCACCAAUGACUACAAAAAGGCCCGUUGGCAGUAUCAUUACAAUGUCACUGACAGCGUCAUCAGGACGAAUGUGAGGAAAAGUCCCCCGCCCAUUAACAGCCCCAUGUUUUCAGGAAAUGCUUACUUUGUGGUCACCAGAGCUUUUGUGAAACAUGUGAUGGAGAACAGAGAGGUUCAGAAACUUUUGGAGUGGGAGAAGGACACAUACAGCCCUGAUGAGCACUUGUGGGCCACGCUAAUGAGGAUGCCCUCCGUUCCCGGAUCACUGCCUGCUAACAUCAAGUACGAUACGUCAGACAUGCAGGCCUUCGCUCGUGUGGUGAAGUGGAGCUACGAAGCAGGAGAUAUGAGACACGGGGCCCCGUACUAUCCUUGCACUGGUUCUUACAGAAGAGCAGUUUGUGUGUACGGAGCCGGUGACCUCAGUUGGCUCCUGAGACAAAAACAUGUCUUUGCAAAUAAGUUUGAUCCUGAGAUUGAUGAUAUUGCUAUUAGAUGUAUGGAGUCAGUUCUGCGUUUCAAAGCUUUAGGCCAAGAUCCACUGUUAUUAGAUCCAUAUUCCAUCGUUCUGUGAAGCUUGCAUUAAUCUGACAUUAUAUGUAACGUAUAAGGCAACAGGUAAACAUGAUGGAAAAAAUAUUAAUUUACCUAAGUACUGCUUAGGGUCUUCAACUUGAAAUAUUCUGCUCCUUUUAAGUUAUUUACUAAAAUACAAUCCAUCUUGUAAUUGAACAUAUUGUGUACUGUGUUAGUGUUAUUGUCAAUACUGUUAUUCAAUUCCUCAUCAUCUGUGAAUCUUAUUAUUAUUAUUAUUACUGAAAGCACUUAACAUAUCUGGGUAGUACAAACCAUGAAUAUCAGCUAUAUUAUUAUUUGGUUCUUACUUACCUUGAAACCCUGUAAGACAAAUGCAAUAAUGUGAACUUACUUACUGUACAUGUCUGUUGUGAUGUUUCAAACUCUUUGCCAAGUUUGGCCUUUUAUUGACAGUGACAGCUGUAGAUAGACAGGAAAGUGGGGUAGAGAGAGGGGAUGACACGCAGCAAGACACCACAGGUCAGAUUUGAACCCCAGGCUGCUGCAGGACUCGGUCCAUGGUUGCCAGCUCUACCAAGUGAGCUAACUGGGCACCCAAUGCUUUGCCAUUUUUGCAAUCCUCUGACCAACAUAUUACAAUCUAGUCAUGUGACAAGUGCAACAUUUGGGCUUAAAAUUUGCUAUGUUUGUUGACACCCUCAGAAAGACAUUGCUUUAAAUCCAUGGGACUGUGUUAGUGCAUUUGUCUUGUAAAUUUGUCCAGCAACUUAGACACUCAUGCACCCAAUAUAUAAUAUUUAUAAUAGUAUAUAUAUAUAUAUAUUUAUAUAUACUGUUACUGUUAUAUUGUGUCUUCUUCAACACUGUAGUUAUUACCUUUGUAAUGUUCUGUUAUUUACUAAGAUAUAAUCCAUCUUGUGAUGGAAUUAAAUACUCUGGCUGGUUAUUGUCAGUUUUGUUAAAUUAUUAUUCAGCUUCUCAUCAUCUCUGUAUUUUAAGAUUGUCAAGCUGUUCAUAUGGACCUGCGGCGCCUGUGCGUGGCAGAACAUUUUUUAUUUCCACACCCAUGUUAACAUAUUACACUGUCCCACUUACCCAUUAAUGUGAUGCUUAUUUGAAUAUUGUCAAACAUGCUCCGUUUGGUUGCUAUAUACUUUGUGGUGCCAAAUAAUUAUCUCUUAUCUUGUUACCACUGCAAAUUGGGCACUAAAUGGAAUAAAACAAUACAAAACAAG